GAAGCUACGGCCAUGAAUCCGAAGCCGCCUGUGGUGUAUCCGCGCUGCGACCCCACCUUGACGGCCACAAGGAAGCAUUUCGCCGACCUGCUCGAAAGGUAUGGGACCCCGCAGCUGGUAGUCAACUUGAUGAAAGCCAAGAAGGUCGAUUCGUACGAAGUGCGCUUAAGCAAGAAUUUCGAGUCCUCCAUCGAGCGCAUGAAUCGGGAGCUUCCAGAGAAGUACCGGAUCCUCUACCGGCCUUUCGACAUGAAGAACCAUGCGAAGUCCAAUCCGACGAUCUACGAAGUCUUUGCACGUUUGGCAGAGUCUGUGGUAACUCGAGUCGGCUUCUUCCACACCAACGAAGGCUUACAGGGACGUCCUCAGAGGCUGCAGAACGGCGUGGUUCGCACAAACUGCGUGGACUGUUUGGAUCGAACCAACGUCUUGCAGUUCUUCGUUGGUCUCGAGGUUCUGAAGCAGCAGCUUACGGCGAUGUGCUUCGUGGUCUUCGUGCUAAGCGAGCUCUAUGAUGUUAUGGGAGAUCAUUUGGCUCUGCAGUAUGCCGGGAAGUAUCAGCUGCUGGGCAGUCGCCCGCGCAUGAUGACAAGUUCCAAGGAGCUCCUUACCUCCAUCCAUCGCCACUACAACAACUCUUUUACAGAUAGGGAGAAGCAGGCCUGCCUGAACUUAUUCCUUGGCCUGUACCAGCCUGCGAUUCACCCUCCCAUGGAAAAGCUGGACUGCGACUCCUGGGUCCACCACAAAGUACUGAAGGAUGACUAUUCUCCUGGGGAGUGGUGGAUAGAGCCGCUACAGAAGCAUACGGAGAGCCUGCUGCCUCUUUUGUCCGAGGAUCCGGAGUACAACAUCAAGCUGACCCCGGAUGGCCUUCAGAAUUGGUUCUGCCAGGUCCACAAGACUGAGAAGUACACUUGGUUCGAAAAGCUGCUGGCGAAUUCGGAUGCCACUUUCGUACAGAUCAAUCCUGCCAGCCGCCCAUUGCGAACAGUGGGGCCCUACAAGAGGUAUCUGGAGCGCAAGCAGAAAGAAGCAAAGCCCAGGGAAGUGAUCCGCGCAAAGCCAAGCUUCUCACUGGAACCAAUGACCAAG